UUCAUACACCUGCCUUCGCCUACCUGCCGGCAGACGGAAAGAACGUAAGAUAUCGUCAGGACACCGAGAGCAGCAGCAGUCGAUACGCUUUGGAACCUGAUAUCCUCCACCUUCGGCAUUCCGCCGGGAGGGAGUAGAGGAGGAGAGAAAGUGCCGAAGAGGGAACUUGAGAAGCAGGUUCACCUGACUUGGAGAGUAGAAACACAACUCUGGUCCGCUUUUGAAACAAAGAGCGCGACGGAGGGAACGUAUAUAGCUUUAACCACGACAAGAGCUCGGGCUUCUCAAUUUGCCCUUGUGUGUGUGUGUGUGUGUGUGUGUGUGUGCGUGCGCGCGCGCGCGCGCGCUUGCUCGUGUGUGUGUGUGUGUGUGUGUGUUCUACUCCAAACAAAAGACUGCAUAGCAUCUAUUAGGUUUAUUUUAACUUUCACUAUGGGUGUCGGAUUCCCGAAGGCUUUAAAGGAACUCGGAGUACCUUGUCUGCCAGACAGAUACAGUUGCUGCCUCACCUGUAGCUACAAGCUGAAGUGAAGUGCCAAUGUGAGUGGAGUUUGUUGAGUUAAUGGCCCGGGCACAGCGCUUUUUAACACCAUGCCCAGAUCCCUAACACAGUGGAUGAUUAAAGUGGUGCUUUGUUUCGCCAUCGUUUAUUUGCGACUCGGGUGAGUUCCGCCUUUAUACAGUGAUCUGACGCCGCAUAUUUGGGUCAUAUUUAGGUUGUUUAUUAGGAAGUGUGCACAGGCAUACCGAUACAACAUAAACUAACCGCCGUAUAAUGCGCCUGAAUAUUACUCUGUUGACAUUGUGGCUAAAAUGCAGGUUGUUUCAGUGGCUCUAAGAACAAUUGAACACUUUAGUACUAAGCACCUGUAACCGGUAUUCGUACAUUUCUGAACUGCUUUGUAUAGUUGUCAGAAGCAUGUUUGGAUCAGCAUGUUAUGUGAAUGAUUUCCCUGCUGAGAGAAAGAAAGACUGAAAGAAAGAAAGAAAAAACCCUCAUAGAAAUUUUAAUCGUUUUAAUGGUUAUAUUGGGAAUUGUAUUGGUUUUAAUGGAAACUGUAAUGGUCCCUGUGGGUCUCUACUGGUAAUUUGUUGCCUUCUAUUGGUAGCAUGGCAUGUCCAGUCCAGUGCAGUGCAAAUGCCCUUUAUUGGUGGCAUGUUAUGUCUAGUGGAUACCAUUAAGGACCAGUAAUGGUUUUACUGGUUAGCUGAUGGUUUGUAAUGGUAUUUGUAGUGGAAACCCUUAGAAUUUCUGUGAUGGUUUUUAUUGUUUUGUUUUUUUUUUCCAGCAGGGCUGUACACGCUCUCUCUCUCUCUCUCUCUCUCUCUCGUGCUCACUUUUCCUAACCCUCAUUAAUAACGGCUGUAUUUCCACAUUCCUACACUCAAACGCUGUGCGUUUUGCAAUCACCUCACCUGUAGUUUCCAAGAUUGCAUGAUUGUAGGACACUGAGUUCCUUGGUAAAACAGUCCUAAUAACAAGGAAACUACACACGUUUGCUUUAUUUAUGAAUUUUAUUUUUUACAAGCAUGUGCUUGUUAUUAAUUGAGGUAUGCCAUAAUUACAUCCUACUUAAAAUACUCUGCUCUACACUAUAUGCAUGUGCAAAAGUGCAAAAGUUGUAGGCACCCUACAUUCUUUUGUAUUAUCUUUUCUUUUCUUUUCUUUUCUUUUUUUUUUUUUUUUAAACAUGUACAUGUCUUCUGCAUUAGUGUGUCAGUGAAAAAGACCCAACAUUCAUUCCACCCUAACUAAAUAAAUUCAUAAACAAACAAACAUAAACAAAUGUUGGGCUACAUAGGAAAGUUUUUGCAUGCCAUUAAAGAAAGGAGGAUAUUAAGUAACAGAGCCCUUUUCAUAUAACAUUGAGGAAGAGAUUGAGGCUGUCUGGAAUUACCUGCAGAAACAUAAGCAAGUGAGACAGUCAAAGUCUACAAAAGAGCUAUGGCAAGCUCUCCGAGAUGCUUGAAAUAACUUCCCAGCCAGUUUCCUUAUAAAACGACACCACAGUGAACCUAAAAGAACUGAGGCAAUUUUAAAAGGCGAAGGGUAGUCACAAUGAAAAUUGAUUUAAUUUCGUUUUUAUUAAUCACUAAUCAUUGUUAUACAGAAAGGUUUCCUUUAGUUAUGUUAAAAAAAAAAAAAAAAGCAUCAUUACUUCAUGGAUUUUCACAGCUGUAAACAACACACUUGGGAAUCUAUAUGAUCUAUUUCUGCAUCAUUAUUACUAGUGUAGUUAUCCAUAUGUACCUCAUCCGUGAAGUGAAUAAAGCCCUGUAUGAUGUCCAAUGUUUUAGCAGGUAAGUUAUGUGCAGAGAUGAGCAGAGCAAACCCCAUCAGAUAUCUGUGAUUUAUCUGGCCAAACCUGUUUGCUUCCCUCAGGCCCUCAGCAUUUAGUAAAGAACCCACCGCGACUGUAGCACUCUGCUGCCAUACGAGACAGCAGGUGAUGACAGACAGGCUUUCGGGUGCUUGUGCAGACAGAUAACUUCAUUCAGCCUGGAAGUAACAGUAGACUAUAGUCUGCAUCAGCUCCCAUACUGGAGACCCCCUACCCUGUUUCAUUUUUGUUUCUACCCCUAACAUUUAGUUAUCAAGUUAUCUUUAUGAGUCGGAUUUGGUGGGUUGGCAUGAACUUUAAACUGUAGGGUAAUGUUCGAACUGAGAAUCCAUGGCUUCAACUGAACCCUGCUUGUUUGCUGAGGUAGGGGCAUACCUGUUGAACAAUACUGACUGUAGCCAAAAUCAGAGUGAAGCUGAUGUCCACAGCAGGCAUCCACGAUCUAUUGAAACUGGACUCAGGGUUGCCCCUUUUGUCAGAAGUAAAGUGGGCGGACAGACGCGCAUCUACCCAAUGGCAGCCCCUGAAUCGAGAGAGAGAGAGAGAGAAAGAGAGAGAGAGAGAGAAAGAGAGAGAGAGACGCUCUUUUCCCCCUGCCAUCAGAAAAUCCUUAAAACCAUCACAUCGUUCCAGUUUGGCAACCACAUGGUAACAGCCUCGCCCGCGGAGACAUGACACACUCGCUCUCCGCGCUCGCUGCUGCUGCUGCUGCUGUUGCGCCGCGUAAAAAAGCUCGCUUUGUUCCACGAAGCAGCUCCAAAUUGAAGACGGACAGCUUUUAACGCUCGCCUCAAAGGAUACACAGAGAUCGCAUUUUUCUCUCCAGCGGCACUUCGCUCAAUGUCACGAUGAUCGUGUUCUCGUCGCGCACUGUGCUGCUGUCAGUCUACUACCCGCAGAUCUUCCUCAUCCUCACCAGCGGCAGCUACCUGGCCCUUUCCUCUGUGGUGGCCCUGGGUGCCAACAUCAUCUGCAAUAAGAUUCCAGGCCUGGCUCCACGCCAGCGGGCCAUCUGCCAAAGUCGUCCUGACGCCAUCAUUGUAAUAGGCGAGGGGGCUCAGCUGGGCAUCAAUGAGUGUCAGUACCAGUUCCGCUACGGUCGUUGGAAUUGCUCGGCCCUGGGAGAGCGUACUGUCUUUGGCCAGGAACUCCGAGUAGGCAGCAAGGAGGCUGCAUUCACCUAUGCCAUCACAGCUGCCGGUGUGGCCCAUGCGGUGACAGCGGCAUGUAGCCAAGGCAACAUGAGCCAUUGUGGCUGCGAUCGUGAGAAACAGGGCUACUACAACCAAGAGGAGGGCUGGAAGUGGGGAGGCUGCUCCGCUGACAUCAAACAUGGCAUCGAAUUCUCCCGGAGGUUUGUGGAUGCUCGGGAGAUUAAAAAAAACGCCCGCCGCCUGAUGAACCUGCACAACAAUGAAGCAGGAAGAAAGGUGCUAGAAGAGCGGAUGAAGCUGGAGUGUAAAUGCCAUGGUGUGUCGGGUUCUUGCACCACUAAGACAUGCUGGACCACCCUUCCAAAAUUUAGAGAAAUAGGCUACGUGCUGAAGGACAAAUACAAUAAAGCGGUCCAUGUGGAGGUAGUUCGAGCCAGUAGACUACGCCAGCCUACCUUCCUCAAGGUGAAGAAAAUGCAUGGCUAUCAAAAACCAGAGGAGACAGAUUUGGUCUACAUCGAGCGUUCACCUAACUAUUGCGAGGAGGACGCUAAGACAGGCAGCGUGGGGACGCAGGGACGUUUAUGUAACAGAACAUCGCCACAUACAGAUGGCUGCGACCUCAUGUGCUGUGGCCGAGGGUACAACACUCACCAGUACACCAAGGUGUGGCAGUGUAACUGCAAGUUUCAAUGGUGCUGCUUUGUCAAAUGCAACACCUGCAGUGAGAGGACGGAGGUGUUCACCUGCAAAUGAAAACGAGGACAGGUGAGCUGAGACGAGGACGUAUACGAACAGUUUGGGUGGAAGACUUGCUGACUAAGAGAGAUAUUAUUUUUUAAAUAUAUAAAAAAUAUCAGAAACCGAAUGGGAAUUUUACAGUCUUCAGCUGUUCACAGCAUCGUUUUGCACAGCAGAAUGUUUAUAUUUGCUUUCCCGUAGAGGUUAAGUGCUAACCUCAGUAGGUACCAGUCCAGCUUUUUAAUGAGUUUAAUAAACUACCAAAAGCUCAUGCACUGAUGUAUCCAUACAGACUCAAGAAAAAGGACUGCCUGAUGCAUGCCAUGCCCUGGACUACGCAUGCAUUCUGGGGACUGUAUUUUUUUCCAUUUUCAUAUGAUGCUGAUAAAUAAAGGACCAAAAGGAGGCUACGAUCAUUUUGGAAAUUAAUCGGACCCUUCAGAAAGAAAUCAGAAAGGAUUGGUUAAGGUAACCUCACUUAGAAUAUAGGGCUAAAAAGAGAAGGAACAUGAUCCUAAGCUCUGUAAAGAAGAGAAGACAGUGCAGCCUGAAAAACUGAGUUGUUGCUACAAGAAACCUCCUACUGCCAACUGGAACUUGGUGGGAUAUGUUAGCUGUCCAGUCACACUGGAACUGUAUGUUUGAACACUGAAAUUGUUUAUUUAUGUUAUAGUAUCUUUAAAAAAAAAAAAAGCAAAGCACUAACGGGUAGAAAUGUCUUUUGUACUAAAUGUAAAUAAACAGAGAAAGAUGGGGGAAAAAAAGUUUGUAUAAACGUCUGACUGAAAGUG